AUGGCGUCGACAGCCGAAGGCGAUUCUCCCGAGAGAAUUCGAACGAUUGAGGAAAUUUUCAAGUCGAGACAGAUCAGUUUUCUCGUUGGCCCGGACAAAGUCAAGUUCGCCGUCCACGAGCAUGCCUUCACGCGCCUGUCGGAGCCCCUCCGGAUCAUGCUUGCCGGAGGCAUGAGAGAAACUCUGGAGGCUAGUGUGGUCUGGGACGAUAUCGAGCCUUCAAUCUUCACCAGACUCAUGGAGUUUGCAUACUACGAGGAUUAUUCGGUCCCUCACCUUCUCGAGAAAGACUCCUCGAACCCUCCCCCUGGACCCAGGGCAAGAUGGCGUGGCGGCAACGAUUUUGACGAAUCCGAACACAACGAGUACCUCAACUCCCGCAAUAUCAACUCGUGGAUGAUGGAUUACGAGGGAGGCGACAAAGGAGGCGAUGACGGUGGCGACAGACCCGGCAAAUGGAGCUACUGCCGCGAACACUUCGCGACCCUGAUGCCGCUUUCUCCUGAGCACCACUGGUUCAAUGACCUCCGAGGUUGGAAUCGCACUGGAUACUCAACUGCCUUCAUGCUGCAUGUCAAGCUCUACGUUCUUGCUGAUCGGUACAACUUCGACACGCUUACGGAAUUAUGUCUCCAGAGGGUUCGCGCGAGCCUUUUCGCCGUUAACCUCGAAGAGGAGUUUCGCGAGACGCUGACCGAGAUGCUCAAGUUCGCCUACUCGAACACGGGACAGUUUGACCCCCUCCGGAUGAUGCUUAUCCGUUACUGUAUCGUCCAGAUGAACCAGCUGAAGCGCCACGGUGUUCUCAGUCGCCUCGUCGAAGAGUUUCCAAACCUUGCGUUGGAGCUGCUGCUCGAGAUCCCUCAGCAGAUUUGGAAGGAUGCGCUUUAG